AUUCUUUAUUGAAACAUGUCUGACGAUAACAAACAAUUAGCCUUGGCUGAAAAAGACCUCGGUAACGCAGCUUACAAGAAACGCGACUUUGAAACUGCUCUCUCUCACUAUGACAAAGCCUACGAGUUGGAUAACACCAAUAUCACUUUCUUAACAAACAAAGCUGCUGUUCUUUUUGAACAAGAAAAGUUUGAAGAAUGUAUCAAGGUCUGUGAAGAUGCUAUUGACCGUGGUCGUGAAUUACGAUGUGACUACAAGUUGAUUGCCAGAGCUCUUCAGCGUAUUGGUAAUGCUUAUGCCAAGUUGAACAAAUUGGAUGAAGCCAUCAAGUACUAUUCUAAAUCAUUAACUGAACACCGUACUCCCGAUACUCUUCAAAAGCUUCGUGAUACUGAAAAGCUCAAGAAGGAGCAAGAAAAAGCUGCUUAUUAUAACCCUGAACUUGCUGACAAGGCUCGUGAGGAAGGUAAUGCUCUUUUCAAGGCUGGUAAAUGGCCUGAAGCUAUUGAGCAAUACACCGAAGCCAUUAAGCGUAACGACAAGGACGUUAGACCUUUCUCUAACCGUGCUGCUUGUUACUUGAAAUUGAUGGCUAUUCAUGAAGCUGAAAAAGAUGCUGAUCGAUGUAUUGAACUUGAUCCCACUUUUGUUCGUGGUUAUAUUCGUAAGGCUGCUGUUCAACUUGUCAAGAGAGAGUACCAAGAAUCUAUCGAUACCCUCAAGAUUGCUCAAGAACAUGACAAGGACGGCAAAGCUAGUCGUGAAAUUCAACAACAACUCAUGAAAGCUUACACUGCUAUGAACCCUGGCAGCAAUAACGAAUCUCAAGAAGAGACUCUCAAGAGAGCUGCUCAAGACCCUGAAGUUCAACGUAUUUUGGGUGACCCUGUCAUGCAACAGAUCCUUCAACAGAUGCAAGAAGAUCCUAAGGCCGCUCAGGAGCACUUGAAGAACCCUCAAGUAGCUGCCAAUGUUCGUAAGUUGAUGAGUGCCGGUAUCAUUCGUAUGGGAUAAACUAUCAUGUAUCAUAAUAAUAAAUAACUGUCAUAAUACUAUUUA